AGCAGCUGAGCAUUAAAUUCCUUUGACCCCACAAAGAAAUCUUUCUAAUGUGUGGCCACCGCGGAGGUGCAAGGCCAAGGGACCCACAGCCGAAGACCGGCUCAGCCUGCUCAGCGCGCUGGGGCUGCUCUUGACACUGGAGGCCGGGGGCCUGCGGAGCCUCCGGUGCGCGCCGCCGCUGCUCCUCCUGCUGCUGUUGGAACUAGUGCGGGAGAGCGCGACAGAGAGUCCCUGGGGGCUGCCUGUGGUGCCUGAAGGCACAGCUUCCGAUCGCUCAGUUUCCAACAGCCCAGCUGCCUUAGCAAAGGUGUUGAUGGCAGAACUGGCCAGCCUGAAGUUAGAAAACAAGCCAUGGCCUGGAGGGACGCACUCCCUCCACUACCACUACCUGGCCCUGUCAGAGCCAGGCCCCACCCUCUUUGAUUUUCUGGCUGUGGGCUAUGUGGACGAUGAGCCCUUCAUCCGUUAUGACAGUCAUGUGGGCAGAGCUGAGCCGCAGGCCCUGUGGAUGGCACCCGUGGACACCCAGUACUGGGAGAAGGAGACCCAGAAGCACAGGUCCUGGGUAGAAGUGCAGGAUACGGAGACAUGGAGACUGAUGAGCUACUACAACCAGAGCGGCGGCACGCAUAGCACGCAGCUCAUGUUCGGCUGUGAUAUCGGGGAGGACGGCGACUCCAGCAGCUUCUGGCAGCUUGGCUUUGACGGACAGGACCACCUGACUCUGGACCUGGAGACUCUGAGCUGGGUGUCAGCUGUGCCCAUGGCUAUGAGGACCAAGCACUGGUGGGAGUCCGAGUCUUGCUACGCAGAGUACAACAAGGCCUACCUGGAAAGCCUCUGCCUCACCUCUCUGCGCAGGUAUCUGGAGCUGGGAGGCCAGCACCUCACCUGCAGAGAGCCCCCCAAGGUGCAGGUGACAAGGCAGUCCACCCAGGAUGGGGGCGCCAUGCUGAGGUGCUGGGCCCUGGGUUUCUACCCACGGGAGAUCUCGCUGAGCUGGUGGCUGGGGGAGGACGAGCUGGCUCUGGAGACUGAGCACGUGGAGACUCGCCCCAGUGGGGACGGCACCUACCAGACGUGGGCAGCUGUACGGGUGCCUGCCGGGCAGGAGGCCCGGUACACCUGCCACGUGCAGCACUCUGGCCUGAACCACACGCUCACUGUGGCCUGGGGACCGCCCUCUCAUCAUGCAUUCAUGGCCGUGGUUCUCCCCCUCUUCCUGCUCUUGCUGGCGGUUGGAGCUGGAGUUGUGAUUUUCACCAAAAGGUUCCGUCAAGGCUACUCCCAUCAUUGUGCCCGGGUUGCUGAUGUCGCUGGAGCACCACGUUGCCAGAAGGAAGGCUCCAUGCAGACCCCAACCAUCACUAGCUUCUGCAGGAGUACCCAGAUUUUCCCCCUAAUUACCCCAAGCCAGAAUGAGAAUGUUAAGACAGUUUUUGAAAGUUAAUCUGCAGGGUUCGCACAUCAGUACUUCUUUGAUAAAUAAAUGCUUAUUCUAAAUAGCCCA